UCGGCCCUUCUGCCGUGAAAAGGAAGAUGAGAAGUCUCCGCUGCCCGCCGACAGUGAGCCGAUGUUGAAGCAGGUCGGGCCUGCAGUGGAAUGGCAGCAGAGCGCCUGCUAACGGAUCGGAGCCCGCGCUCAGCUGUCGUGCCAGGGUCUUGAUCAGCACGCGACCGCCGCUGGAGCCUCGGAGCCCGGAGGAGCGGCGGGUGGAGCUGCAGCCUGUCAGGCCGAGCCGUGCUGCCGUCAUCUCCCGUCCUGCUAGCGAUGCUCAGUGAGCUGCAGGACUGAAGCAUCGGCCACGCGAAAGCAGACCAGAGCAUUUUUCACUGCCCCCUCCCCGUCAGUAUCCCUGCAGGCUGCAUCAUGGAGCGCACCGGCAGCAUACAACUGGACAUCCCAGACUUCAGUAACUCUGUUCUAUCUCACCUGAACCAGCUGCGUGUUCAAGGCCGUCUCUGCGACAUUGUGGUCAAUGUUCAGGGCCAGAGCUUCCGUGCACACAAGGUGGUACUAGCUGCCAGCUCACCAUACUUUCGAGACCACAUGUCUCUCAGCCAGAUGAGCACUGUGUCACUGACGGUGAUUCGUAAUCCAUCAGUGUUCGAGCAGCUGCUGUCCUUUUGCUACACAGGCCGCCUCUGCCUGCAACUUGCAGACAUCAUUAGCUACCUGACAGCUGCAAGCUUCCUGCAGAUGCAACACAUUAUCGACCGCUGCACCCAAAUCCUUGAGGGCAUCCACCUGAAGAUCAGUCUGGCUGACCUGGAUGAAGAGUCCAGGGAUGAGGAGGUGGCACGGAGCUCCAGGACAAAUAGGACACUGGAAGCAGUGGUGCGAGGAGGGGGUCAUCACAGUGGUCUGCGUCUGCUUGGCCCACGGGGAGGAGCUGAGGCAUGUGAAGUUGUUAGUCCAGCAGAGGAGCCACUUAGCCCAGCACCAGCAGUGGAGCACAGUGGGCUAGAAGGGCCAGGGACCACCAGUGGCAGAGUAGGCAAAGAACCGAUACUACGCAUCAACAGGGCUGGUCAGUGGUACGUGGAGACAAGCAGCGAACCGGAACGGACUGGCAGUGCUGAAGAGGGUAGCAUGGAUGGAAUCAGGAUCAAGACAGAGAGGAUGGAGGAAUGGAUUGGAGCAGGAGAGCACCAUGAGGAGGGAGGACCAAUGGAGGAGGGGGCCACCGUGAUGAUCGACACAUCAGGACGCAGCACACUGGUGACUGGACCGGUAGGAGCGCUGGGGGCCCGUAGUGUCCAGCCGUCCUCCAGCUUCAGCGAGACAGACAGGUUUAGUCCCACCGACAGCGUGGUCGUCCUCACAGAGCGUCAGAGAGCAAAGAGCGAGUCUCCUAGCAGGGCAGAUGAGUUGCGACAGCCAAGCUCACAGGGGGAGGAGCAUACAACAUUUGAUAUGGGUGGCUAUGAGGACUACUUGAGAGAGCAGGUAGGAGACCGCUGGUUCCGCUACAAUCCUCGACUCACCUGCAUCUACUGCUGCAAAUCCUUCAACCAGAAAGGCAGCCUAGACCGCCACAUGCGCCUCCACAUGGGUAUAACACCAUUUGUCUGCCGCAUCUGUGGGAAGAAGUACACCCGCAAAGACCAGUUGGAGUACCACAUCCGCAAACACACCGGCAACAAACCUUUCCACUGCCACGUCUGCGGCAAAAGCUUCCCCUUUCAGGCCAUCCUCAAUCAGCAUUUCCGCAAGAACCACCCAGGCUGCACCCCCCAAGAAGCCCACAGCGCCUCCCCUGAGACCACCACCGCUUCCGUCACAUCCAGGGGUGGUCCCAGUGAUGAGGCCUCCCCCAGUCAGGAGGAGUCUGAAGGUGGGGGAGGUAAUAGUGUUGGAGGCCAGUAUGGAGAGGGUCCCCAAGCCUCGGUUUCCACAACGGGACCAGACUGACCCCAGCGACGGGAGGAAGUUGGGGUCUUGAUGGGGGUGGGGGUGAGCAGGGCAGCAUGAUCCUGUUGUAACCAAAGGUAACAGGACGCUGAACCCGCUCAAGUCAAAGGACACCUCAGAGUCUGAACUGAGAUUUUUCCGCUUUAAACCGCAUCUACCUUCACCUACUAAACCGAAUAGAUUAAGCUAAAAUGAAGAAAUGCCACACACUCCAACAACCUCAUAUGCCACAAAAUUCAGUGGUUCUCUUUUGCCUCUAGUUUAUGUUACAGAUUUCUACUUUUAUAUUUACAGGUGUUACUGGUCCACAAUGCAGCAUCACAACAGUAUGUCUGGUGGAGACUUUGCCAAACUACUCAGUGCCAGUUAAACAGUUUAAAUCCUUCAUAUUUGCCUUGAGACAAUCUGGAACUGUUGGGUAAAUAAUAAUAAUAAUAAUCAUCAUAUGCGUUCUAUAAGUGCCACAAUGGCGUAAAAAUAUAUAGUUGCACAAAAAGGUUCACUGAGAAACUUACAGCUGAAGUUCAGGUCCAGUGUGAUUGGAGUUUCUGAUGUUUCCCUGUUUUCCCGCAUUUGGUACAAUUCGGGAAGAAUAACGUUCUUACACUAAUGUUUCACACUACAUACAUACCUUACUGUAUAGCACCAUCAUUUAAACAAUUAAUUUCAACAGUAAAAUAUAUUCAAUAUUCAUUACAUGUAAGUGAAAUAUUUCAAGCCUUUUUUGUUUUUAUUGUGAUUAUGUUUUUAUUAUGGUUUUAUGGCUUACAGCUAACGAAAUCCUGUACACCAACACCAGCAGAUGUCCAGGGACCCCAAAAUUAUCCCAGACUGGAAAUUUGACACUGGACUUGAAGCAUCUUGGAUUCUGUGCCUCUCCACUUUCCCUCCAGAUUUUAGGACCUUGAUUUCCAAAUGAAAUGCAAAGUUUACUUUGCUCUGAACAGAUGUCUUUGGACAAGUAUCUCAGUAAAAUCCUUUUAUUAGCCAGGAGGAGCUUAAUAUUAGGAAUGUGACAGCCGAAGCCUCUUUCCCGAGGAUGUCCCCGACACCAGUCUCACUCAACUUUUCUUGACUGUCCUGUCAAGAAAAGUCACUCACUCAGUCAUUCACUUUUCCAUUAAUAUACUUUAAUACAGCAUUCUGCAAACAGACAGCCUUUUCAGCAGUGGCCUUCUGUGGCUUAACCUGCUUGUGGCAGAUGUUGAUAAUCAUCAUUUAGACAACUGUCAAGUCAGCAGUCGUCCUCAUGGUUGUGUGUGCUGCACCAAGAGAUGCAAUGUUUAUAUUAGUUGAAUAAAAUUUUUCUCAAAGUUCAGAUAAUAAAGGCCUCAUAAUAAUGUCUCAAUGCAGUACCUCAAAUAUUCUCAUAAUUUAAGAUACUGCAUUUCUGAUUUUAUUGAACUAUAAAUCAUCUUCAAAAAAUGCUUGAAAGAUUUCAGACAUAAUUCAUAUAGAAUGUGAAAAUCUACCUUUUUGAAUUAAAUUGCAAAAUUAAUAUGAAAUAAAAAUAUAAAAGUAUAUAAAAUUUCAAUUUUUUGAGAUGCACUAAUAUAGAGAGAAUAAAACCUGAUCUUGUGACUUGUGUGCAUGUGUUGGGUCACAUGAAAACUGACACAAACUGCUGAUGGGAAUCAAACGUGGACAGCCCCACCAGCGUUGCACUUCCCUGGAUGGACGUGGCUGUUCCAGAACUGCAGGCAUCAGCAGAUAAUGACACCGAUGUGUCCUCAGGCUGGAGUGUGACUCCCUUUGCUCGUCAUGCUUCAUGCAGCCAAAAUGGAAAAAUGUCUGCAGGAACUCCAAUCACACUGGGCUCAUUAAAUUGUCUCUGAAAUGAGUAUAACUUCCUUAGAAUAGUGUUUGGUUAUUGUGGCAGUUGAACUCAGUUUCUACAGCGUCUUGUAGAUCAGACUUGACCACCAACAAACUCACAGCAGGAAACCUGGACAUUGUCCAGCCUCAGAUAAGCUACACAGCUCAAUUACCUCUCAUCAAUACGCAAUACCGCUGCAGCACAGCGCCACCAGGAAGCACUCUGCUCCACUCACACAGAGAUCUCAGUCACUUUUCUCAGAUAUUUUUAUAAACAAACAUGUAUUUAUUGUUUUUCUUUGGUUUUUCUCGGACACUUUCUUGCUCUGACAACGGGUGUGAUGGAAGACGGCUUGUUGUUCGAGGAGAACAAGACAGUGGAUAGACCUGAUCAGUAUCUUGUGUGGCAGUUAAUGAUGCAUUGAAUCUACUGCACUUGACAACAAGCCAACCUAAAACUCAAAGAGAACGUGAAGAACAAGUGAAACACAGUAGAGAGGUUCAGUUAACUGACUGUAGUUAGUCAGCACGCCGGUCAAAGCAGCUAAAACUUUAAGCGUCAGCCAAACAGAGUUAUUAAAAAAAACCUCUCACCACAAAGAGUUAGGAAAAGGGAAAAGAUCCCAUUUGGUCAACAUAUAAAUUUCAUCGUUAUAGUUGGGCAUUGUGUGUUUGUUGGGCAGUCUAUGAGGAUUGCCUUGCUGUUGGACUCAGCCUCAAGUUGCUACUCCAGAGCCCAGAGGUCAGGGCAGUGUUUAAAUAUUAAGUUGUGAGCUAAUCAGUUUUUCACAUAGAAUGGUGGACAGCAAAAUAUACAUUUGAAUACAUAAACAGAAUAUAUGUUGACCUGACCUCUGCUUGUGUACAGAGUGCAGUAGAGAUAAUGCAUCACUGACAACAGAUGGUUUAGAACUGGGCAGACACUGAUUGGAUAGUGACAAGGAGCCGAACCCUGUUAGACCAGAUGGAUGUAGUGGCCAGGCCGUGGAGCUGGACUAAAAAAAAACAUCCUCCUGUGGUCAAAGUUGACCUGCUGGAAGGCGGCAGCAGGUCAGACUAUCUGGCAACCAAAGGAAAGAUGGCGUGGCUACGUCGGCCUCUCAGAACGCCAAAUCAGCUUCACCUCUUGUCACUGAGGGAGAACGAGAAGGUCAAAAACUUUUUGUAACAGAACAAUGACAAAUGUACACAUAUUAUAAGACAAAUGUAUUUAAACUACUAAGAUGCUUUUUUGAAUAUGAUUAAUGUAAACAAGCUAGGAGUAGGCAGGUAGCACACAGAUCGGCUGUUACUGUUUUCUUCUACAGAACUGUGAAUCCGAUUCUCAGUGGAUGGUCAAUUUUUUUUAUGCAAGUGAAGCCAGCGGCUCUGUCCUCACUCGAGUGAUUCGAGAUUUUGUCCCAGAUCCCACUGCAGCCACUGCCGCUAGGCUCACACUUCAGGCUAAACCAGGAUAUCAGGUAUACAGACUCUUUUCUUUUCUUCAGAGAAUUGGAUGUUUACCGUUCCCACGUAGCAGUAUGCUAACAGCUAGACCUCAGUGCAAUAUGCACGCUGCAGAAAUCAAACUCAGCUGUAAGUAAACACAGAAGCAGCAGGUAAGUCAGUGUAGAGGAGGACAAACCAAGACUGGGCAAGAUGGAACAAAAAUGAGUAAACGAGAUGACCUCAAGACCUCUUUCCACAGAAGGUGCAGGACUGCCACAGUUUGGGUCCGUGUGUGAUUAUGUGGUGAUCUUGCCUCCAACAGAUGAUUCAUUUUUGUCUCUUCUGUCGGACUGGAAAAUAACUUUCAGCAGGUGUUUUGAUAGAAAUCUCAAAUUCAGAAGCAACCAGAAGGGGCUGAACACAGAAAUUUGUGCAGGAAAUAUUUAAUGUUUUAGGCCAUGCAGUGAGUUUUAAAAUGCUUUGCCUUAUUUCAUAUUUUCAUAACGUGACAAUCAAAUGAUUUUAGCUGCUGAUUUAUAAAGGAACUCUAACUCUGAUGCGUGAUUACCUCUGAAAGGUAUUUAGUAUUUCAUCAAGCUUUAGACAGGUUAAAAUAAGCAGUUUGUUUAAUUAUAAACUAUUCAGUACUAGCUGUGAGCCGUCUCAGCCUGUCAGAAUGACUCGUUUCAAAAAGGGAGGCAAAAUUUCAACUUCAGUCAAUCUGUUAGAUUUUGGUGUGACUUGGUUUGAACAGAAGAAUUCAUGCAGUCGUGUUUGAAAUGAUUUAUUCCAGCAGCAGACUGCAGAUGAACUAGGCUCAUCACUCGCUGCAAAUUAGUGUUAAAGGACUUGCCAGAUAUGGGUUAAAUAAAGUAUAUCUUUAUCUAUUAAAUAUAGUAUAUAUGAUAUCGGGGACUGAUGAGUGAGCUUCCCCCGGGGGCCUGCAGGUGGUGGUUGGGGUGGUGGAGGGCAGCAGCACACAGUGAAUGAUGGGAAGUUUCCAGCGUCUAGCAAAAGAUAACACAACCAGCUUUAAUAGUUUACAAUAUAUUUGUGUAUUUUUGUCAUUUCCAACCUUCCUACAUCAUUAUUAUUGAGGUCAGAUGUACCGAUCAUGUUGUAGUUUUAUUAGCAAGCUAACGUUGGUGUCGUUCGCUACAGCGUGUGGCUGAUCAUCACUAACAGCUGAUCCCCGCAGAAGAAGGUGCACUCUGUUUACUUUCAGUGUGUAAAUCUCACUUCUGGAGUGUCUGAUGUAAUGAAGUGCUAAGAAUUUAGGAAAAACUGGUGCUGCGGGUUUCUGAUGUCUGAGUUAUUACGAUGAUAAAUUUGUCUUAAGAAGCUGGAAGUUGUUUGUGUUGGCCACUGUUUCUUCCUGUAUUUGAACAUGUACUAAAAUUACAGGAUUUCCUGCCUUUUGGUGGUAACAACAUAUGUAAGCAAGAUCUGCAUAUAUUUGGUCCCGCAGGCUGAGGCUGUUUUACCUUAGAUAGAAGUUUAUGCGUUGUAUUGCUGUUUCUGGCCAUUGACCAACAAAAAUGUCUCUUAUGCUUGAGUAAAUGAAACCCUGCUAUUUUUGUCAAAACCCUGAUGGAUAGACUCAUUCUGUUAUGAUUCAUAAAAAAGACCAUUUGGACAGGCUUGUUAACUUUAGUGCACGCUAACAGAGUCCACAGUGAUGAGCAGCCAUGCCUAUAAAAUUGUUUUGCAGAGAAUGAAGUUACGUAACAAGCUCAGCAUCUUCCUCCAUUUAUCAUUCUGUAGCGGGGCCCUGGGUGUGCUGAAAAUCAAGCACUGCUCAGACUGACAACAGCUUGAUAACAUUAAUCCCACCCACCGUGCUGAUCGACUGAUCCUUCCAUCCUUUCGCCACCUGCAUGCAAAGGUCCGCUUGAGUCAGAGUGUGUGUGUGUGUGUGUGUGUGUGUCCCCUCCAAAUUUACGUGGCUGUGUGGACUUGUCCACGAGGCACGACACUACAGUGCAGUGAUUACACGUGCAUCCUUCAGGAUGACUGCUAGCAGAACUGAAUAAAAGUUUAAUUACUCAUCUGUGAUGUCCAUGAGUAUAAUCCUGUUAUUAGCACUCACUGGACUCACUAUAUUUAACCAGUAAUUUCAGUUUCAUAAAUAAACUGAACUGAUCCAAAGUUCUGGUAAAGAGUAGAAAGCAUACUCGGCCUAAAACAGUUGUUCAGCUUUAGUAAUAUUUUCUGCAGAAGUCAGGAUUCAGCCCCGCCAUCUUUUCCUAAAGAAAUCCGGUUAAUUGUGGUUGUUUCUGCUUUAAAUGGAUCAAGAAUUAUUCAAUGUAUGGAAAAAUUAUUGAGCAGUGAUCAUGGAAAACACCUCCAAGAGACAUUUUUGACACAAAAAAAAAGAUCGAGGUUGGACAUGUUGCCCAGUUCCAGCAUGAAGACAUGAACUUAGAGGUUUUGCCCAAGAACAAACAGAUCAGCCUUCUUUUCUGUUUCACAUUGUUUUGCUUGUUUUCUCCUCUCUGCACUGAGGUGCAGGGAGGACUUCAUGUUUUCACUGAGCAACACAUCCUUUCAAGUAACACUCAAUAACAAGCUGCUUUAUGGACUGCUGCUCCAGUCUGGUUCAGUGUGGUCCUACCUGAGAAAUCAAAAGAAGGAAAAGUUGGCUCUGAGCUGCUGAAUAGUUUAAAAUGUGACAGAUUUCUGUCUAUAUUCUGCUCCAGAGCUCACAGAAGAGGAAAAGUGCUAAAUCGAACCAGCAGGCAUUUUUAACACUCACCUGUGCAGUAACGCAGCCAUCGCUUAACUUCUUAACCUUUGUUGAAAUGACACUGCUGUGAGCUUAGCACAGGGUUUAACAAACGCUCUGCCCGCUGGUUAGAGAGCACCUGUCCAAUGACAGGAGUCUCACAAGUCUUUCAGCCGUUAUCCUCCAACAACACGUGCCACGCAGGAACGAGUCAGGCAGCAGCAAAUGCUACUUCAGCCAUGUUUGCGUUAAACAGACACCCCAGAUCUGACUUUCCCUCCUCUGUGAUUUCUCAUUUUAGUUCACGUCCAUUUUCAUCUUCAAACUGUGAAACAGCUGAACCUCCUCAUGUGUCUGAGUCAGUCAAAGCUCCGGUGAUUUGCUUUACAACAAAAUGCCAAACUUUGGUUCAAGUUUUUUUAGCUUCAGUCUGCAACAGCUUUUUUUUUUUAACCCCCCCCCCCUGUGUGAAUCCAGUGUUUGGUAUAUGAAUUUCCAGUAACAUUGACCACAACAUGCCUACCAUAAAUCAGAUCAUUUAACUAUAUUCACUUAACUCUUUAAUGUUGAUUCCUCAGAGUAUAUCCUAAUAUAUCAAAGCAGAAAAUAAGUCAAAGAAAACAAGUUUAAGAUAGUAAAUUAACUUUUAAUACUGUACUUAAUUUUUUUUUUAAAGAGGAAGUACUUAAGUUCUGUAGUAGAUAAACCUGAAAGGUUUUAUGUGAACAUCUUUUAUGUUGCAUGUCUAUUGCUAAACCAUGUUGGUGGAGGGUGGGGGAGGGUGGGGGAUGUGAGGCCAAAGGUCAAUUAGUUUAGAAAAAUGUGAAGAUGCUUCUUUCACUAUGACCACUAGAUCACUCACAGGUUGCAUCUCCUUCAAUGGAAAUAAAGCACUUUAAGUGACAAAUGGCAGCGACUCGCCUCUGUGUUUAUGCAUAAACCAUGCACACGAA